AUGGAUGUUUAUCAAAAAGCAUUAAGGAAUCCUGAUUCACCCAAUAAGUCCAAUUCCCAUUCGAGGACUCCACUGAUUGACAGCGGGAGAAAAGUAUCAUUUAUUCCCGGAGUACCUAGUAUUAACCAGAUACGACAAGAACCCCGACUACUGCAACCUAUGCAACCAUUACCAGCUCUCGUAGAACUGCAACCACAUCGUACAACUUUUGCACCAGGAUUUCCUCCUCAGCAACAAGCUUUCCCUGUUCCAACAUAUACACAACAGCAGCAGCAACAACCGCAGCAACUUCAAGUACCGAAUCACGGAAGUACGCAACUGAUGACAAAUAAUUCAGUUACAAAUAUUCAACAGAGCCAGUCGCCGGUAUUGGUAAACACCCCUGAGCUGCGACAACAACAACAACAACAACAAGCUCAACUUCAGCACGAUUUAUCAUCCAAGAGAAAGAGAAACUCACGUCGAAAGCAUCGAAACUCGCAUCUUGGCUGUGGAACAUGUAAAAGGAGAAGAAUCAAAUGUGAUGAAACUUUACCGUCGUGUCUUAAUUGUAUGAAGGGAAAGUUACAUUGUGCAUAUUUAAAUCUUGACAAUCAUGCAAGAAAUGCUUUGAGAUUGGCUCAAUAUAAUCAAUCAAUGAGACAGGAUCGGUUGGAUGGAAGUAAAGCUGGGGAUGAACAACUUGAAGAACAACAACAACAAAAAUUUCAUCAAAUUCAACAACUUCAGCAACAGCAACAUCAACAGCAGCAGCAGCAACAACAGGUACUGGGUGGCGCUUCACUUCUUCAACAACAAACUCCAAAUGGUCCUGUUCUCGCAACAGUGGGAAAUGCACCACCACCGCCACAUCAAGCUACAAUGGUGACCAAUUGUGGCACUCCAUUUAUUCCUACUCAACAGCCUUUGGAUCAGGGAGCUGCAUUGCCUCCUACGGCUGUCAUGCAAUCACCAUAUGGUCCAAUAUCGUUAGUUCCAGUGUUGACCAACACUGGUGCUGUUGUAUACGCUCCAACGUCAGCAUUACCUAGCGCAGCUCCACCAGUAGUUGCGGGGGCCUCAGGAUCGCCAAUGACGACUGUUUCUCAGCAACCAACACCAGCUGCCUCCCAAGUGUCUAUAUUGACGAAUCCUCCACCACCACAACAACAACAACUAUUAACUCAACCAUCUCUUCCAUUGCCACAGCAACAACAACAACAACAACAACAACAGCAACAACAACAGACUCCAGGUUCAAUGCGAGGAAGAGCAACCUCGAUUUUGUCGACAUCUUCCACAAUGGGACCAGACUCAACCACACAGUCAACAUCAUCAGUGUCGCCAACUCAACGACAACGACAACAGAAUCAACGAUUACCAUCAUUGACUCCCAUCACUUCAACAGCUGCAAAUGCGGCAACAUUGGCAUCGCAGAAUAUACACAUCAAGACGCAGCUGCAACCGCAACUGCAACCACAGCAAGAUCAACAAUCAUUGAAUACUGAAGUCAAAUUACCGCCGAUCCCACUUGCACCUAUUUCUGUUCCUAGUAUAAAUGUAUCCAAAUCAGAUGCAUCGUCUGUUUCACCUUCACUCAAAUCAGAUUCCGAUUCCAUACAAGCACUGCAAUCAGCACCUGUCUUGUCCCCAAUUUCAAUGAAUAGUGGUGAACCGAAAGUAUUGCCAAGCCUCCCUAGUAUUUCUCAGAUGACAAAGCAACCCACAUUAAAUGCAACUAUCCCUAUAUCGAAUUUGCAACAACAACUAGAGAAAGAAAACAACGAGGCUGAAAAUGAAGAGCAACAACGCCGGGAUGAACGAGUUCGUGUUUACUCGCGGUCUGAACCACAUACAUCAUCAUUAUCGAGAUCUAGAUCUCGUUCACCGACAAGAUCUACCAAAUCUAGAUCAGUUAGUCCACAAUUAAUCGCAAAUAAUGUCAUCGCCGCUAAUGCUGUUCCUACAGCCACUACUACCACUACUGCAUUAUCAGAAAAUACCGCAACCGAUGUAGCGAAUUCUUCUUUAAAGUCAAUUCCCAAACCAGGGUCAGUGUCCAAUUUUGGCUCAUUGAGCAUCAAUGAAGAAAAGGGGAAGGAAGUGAAGAAGACAAAGGAGAAAGUAAUGGAGCAAGCUAAGAAUGGUGAUUUAAAAUUGAGGUUGCCAUUAACGGGAGUCGAGGUGUCCGCUGCUGGUGCUGGUGCUGGUGCUGGUGCUUCUGGUGCUUCUGGUGCUUCUGGUGCUUCUGGUGCAACCAGAAAUGGAUCACAGGAGGAAGAGGAGAAGGUAUCCAUAUCAAAAUUGAUUACCUGA